AUGAACGCCGCCCCGUCACCGUCGCCGAAUCGCCUCCUCGUCCCCAUCCCCACCGGUCGCCAUCGCGCCUCGACGCCGCCCCGCUGUGGUCGCCGUCACCCCACCGCCCGGACCCCCUCGCCGGACUGCCUCCCCAUCGUCCAUCUCCCACCACCGCCGCCUGAGGCCCCGACGACGGCGCCGCUCUCCCCGUCGCCCCGCCUCGCUGGACGCCCCCGCCACCUCGACGCCGUGCCCCUGCCUCGGGUCGUCGUCCACCCGUCGCCUCGCCGGCGCCGCCCGACCCGCGCCACCUCGUCCGCAUCGCGCUCGCCCUCGUCGUUGAUCUGCCUCGCCGGACCACCCCGAGCCCGCUGCCCUCCCCAACCGGCCCCUUGUGAGCUGCGCCCCCUCAUCCCGCUCUCUGCCUCCCCAUGUCGUUCGUCGUGCACGCGGAUGCGCCGCGCACGACGCGGCCCUGCGCGCUGCUGCACGUCCACGGCCUCCCGCCGUGCUCACCCCCUGCCUUGGCCUCGCCCUGCACCACUCGGCCGCGCACGCCUCCCCUCGCCUCCGCUGCUCGCCCCCACGCACGUCGACGCGUCGCUGCCGCCCGGCCCGCACGCUGGCCGCACCGCGGUCGGCCUCUGCCGGGGCCGGCGUCNGUGCAUGCGGAUGCGCCGCGCACGACGCGGCCCUGCGCGCUGCUGCACGUCCACGGCCUCCCGCCGUGCUCACCCCCUGCCUUGGCCUCGCCCUGCACCACUCGGCCGCGCACGCCUCCCCUCGCCUCCGCUGCUCGCCCCCACGCACGUCGACGCAUCGCUGCCGCCCGGCCCGCACGCUGGCCGCACCGCGGUCGGCCUCUGCCGGGGCCGGCGUCGCCGCCCCCUGGUGGCCUCGGGCGCACACGGGCGCCCACGCCCGCACCCGUUUCGCCCGCUCCGUUAG